AUGCGCAGAAUAUUGAUACUACUCUCGCUGCUCAUCUUCUACCUGUCCCUGGUUCAGGCCUACGAUCAAGAACGGCUAUAUCGGUUGUCGAAGAGGAGUUUUGCUAAAGUAAUCCUGCUGCCAUUCCACCAACAAGUCGACCCCGCCUACGCACCCAGCCCAAGACUCCUGAACCUCCUCAGCAAGUCCCAAUGGAGAUAUGGCAUGCUC